AUGCCGGCACUGUCGCAACGAGUACGAAGACGUCCAGCGGACGACGACGAAGAGGAGCCGCCACGGCACCGCCACCAGCCAGUUGAGGAAGAGGAGGAAGAAGGAGAAGAAGAGGAGGAGGACGAGGGAGAUGACGAAGCCGGGGGCGAAGACGACGAGGAAGUAGAGAUGGACCAUGAAGAGGAGGAGGAGGAAGAAGAAGAAGAGGAAGAAGAGGACCAGAACGCACGGCGACGUGCACAACGGCAAAAGGAGAAGCAGAGGAAGCGACGAGAGGCCGAGCGGCGCCAGCAACGGACCACCCGAAACGACGAAGACGAUGACGACGAUGAUGGCGACGAAGACGACGAUGUCGCUGUCAAUGGAACAGCAACCCAGGCACAGGUUGACAGACAGCGGUUACACCACGAACUGUUGGCCAAGAAGCUGGCACGGUAUGCGUUGGCCAGCGAGCCGCGACGGCUGCCGAUCCGGCGACAGGCCGUGAAAGAGCAAGUCCUCGAAAACGAGGGAAAGCACUUUCGCAAGGUGUUUCCCAUUGCACAGGAACAGCUGCGCGGCAUCUUUGGCAUGAAUAUGGUAGACUGGCCCGCGCGUGAGAAGACGACGAUGACCAUGCGCGAGCGUCGGAAGGCCCUCAAAUCACAAAAGGCAGCCAAGCCGACCAAAUCGGCCGCCGUCGACCGCUAUCUGCUCGUCUCGACGCUGCCCGCCGAAUACCAGGAAUGCGUCUUCACACCGAUCUUGUCCGAUCCCGCUGCCACCGACAACAUCGAACCGGCCAUCCCGCCUGCGCCGGACGCCGCCUACAUGGGGUUCUGCACAUUGGUUGUCGCCCUCAUCACGCUCAACGGUGGCGAAAUGUCCAACGAGGACCUGGAGAAGCUGCUGAGUCUCGUGCAUGGCGGACGCAAUGCCCCUGCCCGCGCCGACGAUGAUUUCCUGCAGCCCAUUGCAACCACCAUGGGCGACCACAUUGACGACGAAGACGGCCGUGGGGUCGGUGGUCCAUCAGAAGAUGGCACGCCCACAGCCGGGGGCACGCUCCAGCACAUGGUGCGGCAAGGCUACUUGCUUCGGGUGGUCGAAGCACCCGCCACGGCCGAGGGUCGGGGCCCUGUUGGCGGACGCGGUGCCGGUGCGACUGGCGGCGGUAUCCCAGCGGGCGCCAAGGUAAUAUGGCAUGUCGGCCCACGCGGUCAAGUGGAGAUUGGGCCGUCACAGGUGGCCGAUGUUGUGUAUCAUAUCUACGGCGAAGAUGCAAACGAGGAGUUGCAGCGGCGGCUGCUGUCGAGCCUGCAGAUGGCGGGCAACGCUGCGGGCAGUGAGCAGCAGGAGGCCCCUGCCAGACAGCAAAGCGAGGAAGUGCCGUAA